CGAGUGAGUUGCCCGCCGCUCGGCCAUAAGUACUCGACAGCCCCCAGACACCUCGCUCACAUGGUAUGGUGCCUUGGAUGCGCCGGCCCCAGAUUCUCGCCGCCUGACCGGACCGGACGCUGCCGCUGCCGCUGCCAUGCCUCCGCUGCCGAUGACCAGGUCCUGCCGAGGCCGCGUGCCUGCAACGCCGGCCUUGCUCAGCUCGACGUGGACACGGGCGCUGCUCAACCGGUCCUCUGCAUCCUCCUCCUGCACAGCCGAGCCACGUCGCUUCCACGCGGCCUCGCCAGCCCCUUUGCGCGCGCGUCCUCGCUCUAGCCGCCCUGGCCCCUUGUCCCAAAGGCCAGAUCGACUCGCCUCGCAUCCACAACCACACCACCAGCCGCCGCCCCCUUCUCUUAGCUCGCGCCCCGUCCUCACCACCACACCAAGCACGUGCUCUCCCACGCCCGACCGUCCUUCUGCUCCCUCCUCCUCGAUCCCGACCUCGCCGCCGAUACAAGAGCCAGUGCUCAAUCGCACGACAGCUCAGCACGGUCUCCCUGCACGACGGCCGCCCCGCCGCUCCUUUCCAGCCAUGGGCUCGCUCCUGCACACGAGGGGCCACGGCGGCCACCACCACCAUCAUCACGACAAUACUUACCUCACCUCGGGAAACAAGAACGAUGCUGGCGUGCGAAUCACCCGCAUCGGUCUCUACUCGAACCUGGGUAUGGCCAUUGUCAAGGGCGCAGGCGGCUACAUGUUCAAUUCGCAGGCCAUGGUCGCCGAUGCCAUCCACAGCGUGACGGAUCUCGCCUCUGACGUGCUCACCCUCGCCACAAUCUCUUGGAGCAUCCGCCCGCCGACAGACAAGUUUCCAACGGGGUUCGGCAAGAUUGAGAGUCUCGGGUCCCUCGGUGUGUCAGGAAUGCUGCUGUUCGGUGGUCUGUGGAUGGGCUACGGCAGCCUGCUGUCCCUAUAUGGCCACUUCUUCCUGGACCCCUCGGCGGCAGCCGACCUGCUUUCUCACGUUCACUCGCACGGCCACAGCCACAGCCAUGGCCAUGGUCACGACGACGGCCACGGACACAUAAUACCCAGUCUGCAUGCCGCCUGGUUAGCAGCGGGCACAAUCGCCAUCAAGGAAUGGCUAUACUAUGCGACUAUGAAGGUUGCCAGAGAGCGCAAAUCGUCCGUGCUCGCCUCGAACGCUGUCCACCACCGCGUCGACAGCUGGACCGGAUUCAUCACACUGGGAGCGAUCCUAGUUGCCAACUUUAUGGAGAGUGCCGCUUGGGUAGACCCUGUGGGCGGUCUCUUGAUCUCCAUCAUGAUUGUCAAAGCCGGCCUCGAGAACACGAUCGCAGCGCUUUUCGAGCUUGCAGACCGAAGCAUCGACGAGGACGUGCAGAACAAAGUCGCCAAGCAGGCGAGGCAAGCGUUUGCCAAGAUCGACGGCGGACACGAGUUGGAAGUACGUGAAGUGACAGGCGUCAAGUCUGGCCAAAAUUAUCUCAUCGACGUUGAGGUCGCCAUGCCCGGGGCAUGGACCAUCGCCGACACCCGAGACAUUGAGCGGGAGAUUCGCACGCUGGUGGGAGCCAAGGUCCGGGGUGCGCGCAGAGUGCGCGUGCGGUUUGUCUCCAAGGACGACGAGGUCAAUUCGAAGUUUGAUGAAUUCAUCCCUGGCGACAUGAGCCCGAAGUCGAGCCCGGAACCAGAAGAUGCGGACGAGCACGACGACCAUGACCAUGACCACCACAAUGGCCACGGCCACAAGCAUUAAACGGUUGAAGACUAUAGAGAAGAAGGGUCUUGGUGAGCAGAGGCCAGCCGCAUCCUGACUGACCACCAAUGAUGGCAUUGAAGUCUCUUGUCAAUAGAAAAUAUCCUUGGCUUGCAGGGCCCGGAAACAAGACUCGACCCAUAAAAUAACAAUAUAGAUGGAGCAAUAACGGGCUUAGACAGCAUCUUGUCUGUCGCCAUGACUUGAGAAACCCAAAACUGCUUCAGACCAAAAAGUCGUCGUAUUCAA